AUGUUCAAUGCCCGAUACGUGAAGCAACGGACGUUGAAUGUUUUAAAAUGGAGAGUAAAAGUUAGCAAGUUUUACUUACCUGUUGUGCCAUUAGUGCUAUUGGCAUUGUUUUUGGUCACUUUCUCUGGAUUUACUGAUUUCUUUUGGGAAGUCGACUUUAGUUCUUGUUUCAAAUGGUCUGAUAUUGAUGUGCGAGAUGAGGUAAGUGUUUUUUUAAUAUUUGAUGUUUAGGUAUUAUUUUUCACAUAUAAGCAUAAAUAUUCUUCUUUUUAUGUUGUUUUGGGUAUCAGAAGCUGUUAUUGUUUCUGCAGCACAGGUCUGAAGAUCUAAUUGCACCUGUUUUAGGUAGUGAAAGAACUAACGGGCCAAAAAGCUUCCAAGAACUAUAUGAAUGACAUUGAGAAGUUUAAGCUUCACUCAGAACAGUACAAGUGCGAUUUGAACAAGACAUCUUUGCUAAUACUUAUAAAAUCAGCUCCGGAUCGUGUUGAGGUAAUUUAAUUUUGUUAUAUUGUUUAUGGUUUAGAGGAGAAAUGCUUACAGAAGGACCUUAUCUACGAUAAAUUUGCAUAUGAAGUGGAAGGUACGAACAUUGUUUGUUCUUGGACAUUAUGACAAUCAAUUGGAAAGUGUUACAACUGAGAACAAGUUCUACAAAGAUAUGAUUAUCGGGGAUUUUGUAGAUAACUAUUACAAUAACACUUAUAAGGUAAGACGGUGUGUAAAACACGGAACGAACUUUUGUGUAGGACAUUUUUGUUUUUUAAAUGCGAAAAAAAUGUUUAGUUUUUUUUAUUUUUAGAUGGUAUAUUCAAUAAAGACAGCUUACGAAUAUUGUGGUGAAGUUCCUUAUUUGGUUUCGAUGGACGAUGAUUAUAUGAUAAGUAUUCCAAAUUUAAUAGAGUAUCUGAACAAACAUACGAAGAAUGAACAGUUAUACGCUGGCUACAGAGUAGAUUCAUCACCUUUUAGGUUACGAUUCCAAAGAUAUGCUGUAAGUUUCAAAAUUUAAUAUUUUUAGAUAAUUUUAGGUAUUACUUUACAAAAAUUAUAUUUUUAUAUUAUUAUUUAUUAACUUGAUGGUAAUGUACAGCAUCUAAAUAUUAUUUUUGAAACGGUUUUUUUAGAUAAGCUUAGAUGAGUAUCCGUACAACUUGUAUCCACCAUAUAUAACAGGAGGCUUGGUGAUAUAUACUCCACAAGCAGUAAAGGAGUUUUACAUUGCUAUAAAGUACCUAAAGUUGUUCAAAUUCGACGAUAUUUAUGCUGGUAUGUUUGUUUUACUGCCGUCCAUCAAGUUUCUUAUACAGUAUUUUUCACUUUAUUAGUAGUUAUGUUGAGUUAAAUACAAAUUUUUUACAUUGUUUGGAUUGUUUUUUAAUACGUAAUAUUUUUAGGCAUAAUAGCGUAUUACCUUGGCUACAAUCCCCAGAUGUUGUCUACAGUACCAAUAACAAGAGAUGGUUAUGAAUUUGGAUUGAAGGUAGGAGAACAUGGAUAUACAGCUGAUGAGAUAGAACAAACUUUAUUGGGUAUCAACAAAGAUGUACAAAUUAAGCAGUUGAUGGUACUGUAA